UUUCGCAAGACUACGUUUUAAAUUAGGGAAAUUACAGAGAAGGACGAAAGAAAGAGAGAGCAGAAUCUCGUCUGUAUUUUUUUUAAGUAUCUUGUAAAAUCGGCAUCAUAUUCGGUUUAUGCAGGUGUUAUCAGGUGCUGUGAAGUGUCUGAUGCUUCAAACGAGGUGAAGAAUGGAGUUUAGCGACGAAUAGUUUAGAUUGAGAGAAGAAAGAAAUAAAAAAAAAGAAUGGAUUCAUAUCGAAUCUUUGUGGACUUAUUCAAACAAGCUGCAUCUAUCAAUAAUUUCUGGGAUUUGCCAGAUAUCUUUAAGAAUGGUCCGACAUUCUUCAUGAUUGUUUCGCUCGAACACCGUGAAUCAGCUGUAUGCAGCAUAUUUGACAAAAAUGAUGGAUUAUUGUGCUUCCUUGAUCAUUUACUCAACCAACGGGCUACAAAUCAACAGAUACUACGCGAAAUGGAUGAGACAAUAAAACAAGGAUUUCAUUUUCUUGAAUUUUUCAUUGACAAUUUUUAUACCACUACAUGCUUUGUACAAUAUAUUAAAAAAAUUAAGGAUUUAUGUCAGUCAGCACUGUUAAAAAAAGGCAGUUAUUAUUAUCAAAAGGCUGCUUGUGACAUUUUUACAAAAUUAAUAGAAUUAUUUAAAAAUCAUGAUUUGAUGCUCAACGAUACAAUUAAUAAAUUUGGUAAUAAACAAUUACACUCAAGUGCCUAUAACACAAGAGAAAAAAAAUUUAUAUUUUGUAUAUUUGGUAAAAUAAUUAAGCACAAUAAAAAUAUUUGUUGUGAAAAAUUUUUAAAUGAUACUAUCACUGAACUAAAUUUUAUUGCAUUUAAGGAGUAUGAUGCUUGUAAUACCAACGUAUCCAAUGACUUCCAUAUGUAUAUCGACGCUCUCGCAGACAUGUUGGAUAGUAUGGAACCAGUGGACGUGAGAAAAAGGGAGAUUUUUCGCAAUUCGUACAAGUGGAUUAAGCAUAUCAGCCAAUUACAGAUAAACAAACAUAAUGGAACAGUAAUAAAAUCGGCGAUCGAUCUUCUAUGUCGCCAUAUGGAUCUGUAUCGAGAUUUGUUAUAUUCUGAUUGCAAGCUCUGGCACGACACUCUUCAGUGUUUAUCGCUCAAAACAACUGUUGGUGUUCAUGGACAAAGUGCAUUGAAAAGAUUCUAUCAAGUUAUUGGACAAAUUCUCACAAAUGAAAAUAGUGAAGAGAAUGAUUACAAUGAUACAUUAUUGUACUUUUUGCAGUAUUUUGAAGAAAAAUUCGAAGAUCCUAACUUAAAGUUAAUCACAUCGCGAUUAAUCGUUUACGGCUUCAGUCAAAUGGCAGCAUCAUGCAAAGUGCAUAUGUCUGAUUUUAAAAUAAAAUCUAUGUAUUCCAUUACAACCAGUUACGCACUUCCUCUUUGCUCCAGUGAGCAUAGCGAUUCAACGGGCAUAGAGAGUAUCUGUUAUUAUCAGGAAGCACUCUCGGAAAUAUUGUGUCACAUAACGGACGUUACAAUGGAACAAAUUAACAUUCUCAUAAAGCUUAGUAUUUACACGAUUAAGAGAUUUCCGGAUUUAACAGGAUUUAAUAACGCGCUCAUCGUUUCAACAUUGAUUAAAAUUAUCAGCAAUCUUGCGAUCAUCAAUAAAGAUCUACUACAGCGAUAUCUCGACAGUAUAGUUUACGAUGGCAUUGCAUGGAGUUGUUCGCAUACGUUGGCGCUCGACGCGGAGUUGCAACGGGAACUGAAUGACCUGGAACAGAUGCCAAUAUGUUACAAGAACUAUCUACCAUUGUGGACGGAGCUGCUCAACACCAAGAGGUAUCACGCACGCGGACACAAGCAAUUGGCGCAACACGUAGCUAACACUAUGACGGACGUAUGCAUCAUGUUAAUUAAUCGAUUGAACAUACACGUGAAACGAAUCAACGAGGAUACCGUAUUGUCUGAUGUAGCUCUUACUCAAAGCGCCGUGAAUCAAGCGGACUAUCGCGUGUUUGUGAAUCUUGUGGAUCUAUACGUCGACGUGAUCGACGCUUCGGAGCUGUCGCUGUUUGCCAACAACGUGCACAAAUUUCUCUACGAAAUUAUCCAAUUGUCGUACAAGUAUCCGCUAAUAUCCGGUUUCUACAAACUGAUUCGAGCCGGUACAAAAAUCUUUAUUUAUAUAUCAGAGGAGGAGGAGGAGGAAGAGGAAGAGGAAGAGGAGAAUCGCGCAGAGUCGCGGCGGAUGAAGGUGCUUCUAUCUAAUUACUUGUGUCACAUUCUUGACCUAAUCCCCGGAUUCUCCAACGAGCUAUUGAUCGCGUGCCUUUACCUAAUCUUGGAUGUGCCUUUCGCAUAUGUCGAAAACAUAUUACCGCGUACACUGCUGGCGUUUAAGAUCGCGUUUACCAUCGGUCUUAGUAAUCUGGAGCUCGCGUACACCGCGCUCACCGCUCUAGAGACGUGGACGACAACGAUAACAACGGCGACGCAUAAGCGAGAUGAGCGAACGAAUGAAUUCCUGCGCGAAAUCAUCGUGUACCUAGAGCCGUACUUGCGCAGCACGGAGAGCUCUGUCGAAAUCUCGCAGGACUUGACGAGAACGAACAAACGCGUGAGACGCGUUGACGUGAUCGACACCGAGUAUACGCUGCGAAACUUUCAACGGCGAGUUCUGUUGUUUCUCGGAUCGCUCGAUCACGAUCUGCUGACGAGUUUCGUAUACGAGCGCGCUUCUCGCAGCACCGGGGCAUCCUGGAAUCGCAAAGACCUCCUCAAAUAUAAAUUGCCAUUGCCAGAUACACGACUGGAUAUCUACUUCGAUCGGAUACUACCGCGAAUAAUUACGCUAGCACGCGACUCGAGCGAUCGGCGCACCAAGAUCGCAGCUUGCGAGGUUCUGCACUCGAUAAUAGCUUACGCCCUUGGCUUCACCGCGCGAUACCUCUCUGAUCCAGAAGAUCGUGAUAAAACUAUCGCUCUUUAUGGCACCCUAUGUAAGGCUGUGCUCGCUCUUGGCUGUGACCCAGACCAAGUCGUCUCUGGUCUCUUUCAUCCAUUGGCGUUGCAGCUAAUGCGCUGGCUGAGCUCCAGGCUCGUGUCGAUGUCGCCGGUGAUCGAUUCACUGUUCGACGGUUUGAUGGACGAUUCAAAUCCCGCUUUGCGCGAGUUCUCCGGCCUGUGUCUGACAGAAUUCACACGCUGGUCAAUCAGGCGUUCGUCUUAUGAACAUACACACGAGAUCAUUGGGAGAAUCAACAAUCUCGCGUUGCACCCGUUGACGCGUAAACGCGUAGCCGCGGCCGUAGCCUUCAACCAUCUCUACACGAUUCUACGCGAAGACGAUUAUGUAGUAUCGGUCUACUGGCUGGAGAUAUUCUACUGUUUCGUUCGCAGCUUAGAUGGAUGCGACGAUCUGUCGAUCGCGAAUGCGCUGUCCCAUAUCGAGAGAGUAAUUAAAGUCAAAGCAAAUCUUCUUGCCGAUUCUUCCCCCAAUCGACGAAAGCCGCACGAGUUUGAUCACGCGACUCUUACUUAUGCCCUGUACUGGUUGUUGUCGCAGUGCGGAACUCUCGAUGAGCAUUGCCGUGCAAAAUGCAUGGAAUUAUACGUUAAUGUAUCGCAGUAUAUUAACGUGUCGCCGUUGGCACCUGUUGACACAUCGCAGAACAUCAAUUAUGCGCGGGAAAUGACACAGAAUUUUGUCCGGACUUAUGGGAUAAAUCGAUUGAAUGAUAUUAUUUUAAAAGGCUUAGAAUCGGACAUAACGGAUAUUUGCAUCAGUAACGUGAUGCCGCUGUUGAAGGCUCUGGACUAUUACGUUUGGUUGAUAAAGGAGGAACUAUUGCCGAUAGAACUGCUCUUUUCCAAUGGAAAAGUGGAAGAGCAAACGAUUUUUUUCUGUAUUUGCAGUUUUACUGGUCAAUUCUGGAAAGUAAUUGCAGAAUCUUUGGCGGGAAUAUCUAGAGCAGUAAAAUCUAGAGAACUCGAACAACUGCAUGUGUUACAAUGCAAAGUUUUGAUGACUACGUUGAACUUUAUACAAGUGUUACUGAAUGUUGGCGUUAUUUUACCAGAAUCAUUAUGGGAUAUAUCGUUGUCUACUUUAAUGAUUAAAUGUAUAAUGCAUCCGCGAAUAGUUGGUUUUGAUGUGAAAAAUAUCGAGAUGAUGGAUAAAUUGCCACAUGUCUUGAAGAUCCUGUUAAAUUCCAUGAGAUCGAGAUAUAACAAUGCUCUGCCAAAUACCUUCAAGAAUUGUCUUUUUAAUUCUAUUCAACAUUAUAUUACGAAACUUUUUAAUCUACGCAGCAUCGCAAAAAACGAUUUUUGUGACGAUAUGAUCCAACACGUUAACGGAUUGAGCCUGUUACAGCGAUGCUAUAUGCUCGAUCUAACAAUCUUAGAAACGAGCGCUUUUGCGAACGCUGAGCGCACGGUCGAUCAGAUUUUUAGGUUUUUGGUGAGCGAACGUACCAGAGAAUUAGUCUGCAGGGACUUGAGUACGCGAAUGAUUGAAUAUUUGCGUGCUCUGAUGGAACUUCAAUUUUCGUUACUUUCGUUGAGAGUAAACGCUGAAGACAUUAGAUCAAUGACCAUGAAACUGGAGGAACUGAUGACCAAGGAUACCCCCGUAACUAGCGCAGCGUGCACGAUAAUCACGCACGGUGAACACUUUCUGAAUAUAUUCAAGAAUGUAAUUUUCAAGUACAUAUUGACACAUGAGAAUAUGAUCACUGUUGUCUGCGACGAUAUGUGGUACGACAAUUCAUCUUUUCUGCUUAAAUGGAUUGAAGAUCUGUUGCUUUUUUUGAAACGGCAUAGGCAGGAGCUGCAAGUUCACAUUAACGUGGACGUCACAGUUGAUAUAAUUCUACAACAAUUUACUUGUCUGAACAAGGCCGUCUUUGAUGUAGACAGUCGCAAAGAGAGACUAAUGAAUAUUUACAGCAUCGCGGUGCGUCUAAAGUCAAACCCCACAGAAGCCACGCAGAAUCAGGAGUUCUACCAGUGGAUUUUAAAUCAGUUGACGAACAACGAUGAUCUUGAAUACAAGACAAAGAUUCUUAAAAAUUUCUUCGUCUGCUUGACAGACGUAACGGAUCGCGCUGACUUGCAAACAAGCUUGCGGACUCUAAGGAUCUACGGCCGAGCCUUGUGCUCGAAUUUGUCCGAGACGAGUGUGAACGCCAUGAAAGUGAUCGACUGCUUCGGGACACUUCUAGUAUUGCUGUCGACGACUAAAUCGAGGAUAAUGCUCAAGUACGUGAUACACUUUGUCGCCGGUGCUGGCAGCAAUCAUCUCAUCAACGAAAAACUGGAGGAGCAUCUACGCGGAUACUACUACGAAGGAUCUCUCGAACACGUUCUAGAAUCGCUGCAGCAGACCUACGAUGCAUUCAUGGAAACGAAUGCCACUAGUGAAACAGAAAGACUCGACAUUCUACAAGGAUUUCUCUUACCAGCGUUUCAGUUUUGUGAUGCAAUCGCGAUUGAGCGGUUUUUCAAGAAAAACAUCCUAGAUCUGAGAGAAAUGGUUGAUAAAGAUGUCCAUGACGAUGAUGCGGUCAAACAGAUAAUCGUAUCAAAGAUUGGAUGCUUUCAGUUGAUAGCAGUCAUGUUUACCAGAGUGGACGAGAACAAAAUAGAUGCGAAUGGAACGAUCACGCCGAACGAACUGGAUCAAAUUCUGAUCGAUAGGAAUCAUUAUAAAGAAAUGUUCGUAAGCGUCAUGAGGAAUGCGCAGAAGAAUUUGAGAAUAACGCGGCCAGGAUGUCAGAAUCUUGUGCGUUUGUUGCACUGCUGUGCAUACAAUUGCUCGUUGGCGAUUUUGAGUCUAAAGAAGGAGGAGCGUUUCUACAGCUACGCAUUUGACAAGAAAAAACUUUUUAACUGGAAGAUCAUAGAUUGUGAUGUGCAAUAUAAUCUUCGUCAAACCGUCAAGGAGUAUCCGAAAACUCGCAAGAUCACUGUCAAUAUCAGAUCGCAAGUCGAUAAAAAUGAACGACAGACCCAUAGAUAUGCUUAUGUUCACAGCUACGAUCUCUCGGCUUGCACAUUGAGCGAAGACAUUAACGCCUACGAUCUCAACAAAUGCGUCGUGUUACCAUCCAAUUUUCGUCAUUCUGCCUCAACGACGAAUUCUGAUUCUCUUCGUACGCACGAUACAACGAGCUUCUUAAAUAACGACGAGCAUUUUAACGAGCACGAGUGCAUGCCGUAUAUCUGCGUUUUCUUGCGGCACAUCAGAAAGGUGUUUAAGUUAAGUGAUAAAGAGCCCGAAUGGCUUACGAAUUUCCUUGAUGUCAUACAGCUCGAUAAUCAGAAUAUUCAGCUGUUUAUGUUGAAAGUUAUUUUGAACACGGCGGACGAUGUAUUCAAGCCUUACGCCAGAUUUGCGCUGACCAAGAUCAUCAAGGCUGUCGCCAAAUAUCUGCAACAAUACCAUUUGAAUUACAUCAUCACGGACAUUUUGGUGAUACUGAUGGAUUGGCACGACGUGGCUGUGCCAAGCGAUGAGGAUGGCAAGGCAGCGGCACAAAGACUCUUUGAGGUGCUCAUCAGCAAGUUAUUGAUGAGAUCUAAUAAUAUCACCGAUCGCGUAUACAGUUACAAUCUUAGUCUAAUGAAGACCAUGGUAGAGAAGUGGCAUAGCUAUUUACGAGUGCCGAGGGACUUCCUAAACCAAAAAAUAAAAUCCGGCGAUACAACCGCAGUGUAUCUCAUUCUAGUUCUUCUCGACAAUGGCAUGACGGAGGAGAUCGUUGUUAGAAACGACGUCGUCGACUUCUUGCUGAAGCCGUUGAGCGUUUGGAAUGCUAAAGAGGAGACGCCUUUGCAGUGCUGCGAGUGUCUCGGCUUGUACCUACGUUCUUUGGAUGGCAAGCGUGACGAGACUUCUUCAGUCAUAGAGGACAGAAAAUACCAAGUGAAGCAGAAGAUCUUCGCUAUUCUUGGUUCCACGAAACAUUCCGCGAACAUGCAGAACAUGACGAAGCAAAUGAAACGCAUCGCUUGCCUUUGUCGUACUUAUCCCGAGGUGGCCGUUGAUUAUAUGAACGUUACAAUCAUUGCAAUGCCCAAAAGCAUAGCGAUGUCUUAUUGCCUGGAAAUAUUCACGUUGGCAAUGCCGAAGCUCAACGUGCAGAACGUUGUGGAAAAAUUGCACCACAUGGAUUUGCAGAGAAUUCUGAAGAAUCGGAUGCCGUCUUGCGAAAAGAUGGCAUUGCGAAUCGUCCGCGAUAUGGUGACGAUUGUUAUGCCGGUGGAUCUACGGUUCUACGUGGAUCUCGUUAUCCCGUACAUCAAGGACAAUAUUACAGAAUACCGGGAGCUGGUCUACGACACGUUAAUAAGAAUCCACAAGAGAUAUUUGGAGGAUAUCGCGAGGGACGACGACGUGUCCGUGCGCUAUCUGCUGCUCAUCAGCGAGCAAAACCUGCUGGCUGGUCUGCAAGACCCGUCUCACGAUUUGCAAGACAAAAUAUUAAAGUUCUGGACGGAGGAGACGAGUCUGAGGACGGAGAAAUCUAAAGACUGGUUGCUCGCACUUCUGGCCAUGCAUUCGUCACGUAUGACAACGGAAGUGAACGCGUUUGCGACUUUCGUGGCGUUGCUUAUGUUGCAGUUGACUACCAAAUCGAUAAAUUACACCAGUAAGAUGUUCGACGCACCCCUACAGAAUAACUGCACCUUCGAGAAUUACAGGAUACCCGUUUUCUGGAGGAGGCGAAAUCUGAGCUGCAUGACGCCGAUGUUCGUUGACUCGCUUGCCUCCCAAUUGAGUUACGGCACCUUCUCUCAGAGUAUCGAUUAUAACGAUUCAGGUAGGACCUACAUGACUCCUAGGUUUCCCUAUCCACGAGUCGAUCUAGGAUUACGUGCGACGCAGAAUCCGGAGUUUGAACCGACUCUCAUCGACGACGACGACGACAAUGUUGCCGCAAACGUGAGCGCGACACUCGAUAUUUCAUUGUACGACACUGAAUUUGAUCAAACUGCAAUCCCGUCCACGUCGAGACAAUCGCUACAGAGCAUAUCAGGGCAGAGAAGAUUUAGCAGGAUUCUAGAAAACACGUCAGAGGUCGCGAACAUCAACCGCAACAAGCAAAUACAAAAGAAAAUUCAACGAGCAGAAAUGAUUAAGCAGGAGAACAUCAGGCAGAGAAGCAACGUGAAAUUGUACAGAAAUUACAGGAUCGGAGAUUUUCCCGACAUCGAGAUAUCUAACGCGAGUUUGAUCAUACCGCUUCAACAAUUGAUCAAAUUGGAUCAGUUGAUUUGCAAAGACGUGACCGUGGCCCUGUUUUAUUCAUUAAUCAAAGAAACGAUCGAGAGAGAGAAGUCCGAUGAUUUUUGUCGGAUCAUCGUGGAAAAUCUGAAGCGAAUCCUGCACGAUUCAUGUGAGAAAUACAGCUCUUUCAACGCUGUUAUUUUAGAAACAUUGCUACAAUUGAGUCGAGAUGCUCCUACAGCUGCCGACUGCGACCCGCGAGAUGUACUGAAGGCAUCUAAAACAAAUUACUUGAAUGCUCUCGGCGCUCUCCUCGUGGAACACAGUUUACUGCCUCAUGCGCAAGAAGACGGCUCGCCGAGUAAGAGAAUGCGAAGAAGCGACGAUUACGUUCGCAACGAAGAGAUCGGUAAAUGGUCGCAAUUGGCGUCUCUAUAUAAAUCGCUCAACGACGUCGACGUCGUUUUGAGCAUCUUCCGAGGACGACAAUUUUUUGGCCAGGACGUGCAGGAAGCAGCUCUCGCGGAAGUAGACGGUGAUUGGAUUCGAGCGACAGAUGCGUUUACGAAGGCUUACGAACGAACAGAGGAUCCAUCGACAAAAGAGCACUACUUGCAAGGAUUAUUUGAGGCCGUGAACAAUUUGUGUGACUGGUCGCAAAUUGACCGACUCGUGAAAAACCGUGCAGCAAAUGGAGAUUUAAACGAUAUCUGGAAUGAUGCAUGGAAAGACUGGAUGAUCCCGUAUACUUGCGACGCCUCUCUAUACAUUUCGGAAGAGGAAAACUGGGAGUCACACAACAAUGAUGUGGAGGUCAUCCAAUCAUGGAUAUACAAUCGAGACAAAUUGCAAACUCUUAUGCCCACAACAGGCGAAAAUCUGGUGAUAUUUUUGCUGAAGAAGGAUGUGAAAAAGGCGACCGAUUUGUUAAAUGAUUUUUUAGAUAUGACGGGAAAGCAAUGGGUCGAGCUGAGCCCUCUCUGCACUGAACUGGGAAUACGCAAAUUGUUCAAGUUGCAAAUCAUCAACGACCUGGACGCUUCGCUCAAGGUUCUUCGAUGCGCGAACGAAGCAAAAUAUCUGGACAUGUUGAACACAUUAUUGAGAUACUGGACGAUAAAAACUCCCACGAUUCGAGACAAUCUUAUGCAGUGGAACAAAUUAGCUGCCUAUCGAGCAUAUUCCUCGAUGUUGUUCCAAAAUAGUUGCAGAAAACGGAAAAUUCAGAGGGAACUGUAUCGAAUCAAUUAUCAGCUCCGAUUGAACAUCGUCGACGCCGCGUUAAAUCAAAAACACCGAUACAUCGCCGAGAAACAUCUUAAUUAUGUAAAACAAACAAAAGGCUGGGAGGAGAAGCUAGACUUAUUGCUGUUGUUUGAUGCUAGAAUCAAACGUCUAUGUGCCGAUGUCGAGACGAACAUGAACGAAAAGAUGUUGAAUUACACCGAUUCUUGGAAAAAGUUGCAUAAACUGUUGAAAAACGAUGAACUUGAUGACAAUACGAGCACCGCCAUCAGAGAGCAUAUCGGCACGAUGGCUUCAAAGAUUGAAUUCUUGAGCAGAGAAAAUGACGAUUUCGCGAAACAGUUGGCGCGCAAUAGCACGAUCCUACAGGAUAUAGGAGUAGAACAAAGUGCUCGCUUGAGUAAGAUUCGAGAACAUUUACUACUCUACAGCUUGAAUAAUUUACGAUACUGCUGCACAGACACGACCAUCGCCAACGUCGGCGAGCACUAUUGCGCCCUAGCCAAACAUUGUUACGAUAGACUGAUGAGCAUCGAUGCAGAGAACGACGAGAUCUUCCAGGAAUUUCUCUUGUCCACUCUGAGAUCUAUGCAUUACGAUUAUCCCGAGGCUACGCACUAUUUCCCAUGCUUGCUAAAGCCUGAACGAUUGCAGGACAACGAGACGCGAGAGACAUUUGUUCAAGAAUGCGCCAAGUUACGGCCGUGGCUGUUUCUGCGAUGGCGAGAUCUCCUCUUCUCUCAUCUGGGAACACCGUCGAUCGCAACCAUAAUCUUACCGAUUGUCCAUAAGCUCGCCGAGACUUAUCCCGACGCGGUUGUUUAUACGUAUCGCUUUACCGUCGAGAGAAAUUCCGCUAUUCUUCAAGACGAGAAAAUCCAGCAGAUACGCAGACUCUUGGGCAACAAGGCGGAAGAGUACGAACGGUUCAUACAGGCAGUACAAUACGUGGUGCAACCGAAACUGUAUCUGAAGCACUACCUCAACGAAGCAAUAAAGGAUUUGUCUCGAGGAAAAACGGUGGCGACAGCCAUCCUAUGGCUGUUGCAGAAAGUCUAUCCGAAUUCUAUCACACGCGUAGCAGAAGAAAAAGCUCUGCGACGACCGGGUAAUAUCUUCAAUGAAAUAGCAAGAUACGAAAAAGAGAUAAAAUCCUUGAGUUUUAAGAAUUUUAAUGCUGCGCGAAAAGGCUUACAAAGUCUUAAAGAAUUAUUAAACAAGGAUAUUAAUGAAUCGUUGAACAAGAAUAUUAACGUGAAGCUGAAGAAUUAUAGUCCCUUCUUGCACGAGUACGUUGGCGGCUAUAGCGGCGGUAUCGAGAUACCCGGACAAUACAUCGACGACAUCGACGACAGAGAAUCCGUUCCGCGCUAUCACGUGAAAAUUGCACGAUUUGAGCCGCAAGUGGAGGUCAUGCGAUCAUUGCGCAAGCCGAUUCGCAUCGGCAUGGUGGGCGACAAUGGUAGGGAAUACAAGUUUCUUGUGAAAUUUGGCGAGGAUCUAACGCUCGAUCGGAGCUUACAGCAGCUAUAUUCCACCAUGAACAGAACAUUGCGCAACGACCUCAACUGCAGACAGAGACGCUUGGCCAUCGACACGUACGAGGUGAUUCCGCUGUCGAGCUCGUUUGGUCUUAUACAAUGGAUCGAGGACACGAGAUCCUUGGAGGAUCUGAUACAAUUCACUCUAUCAAAAAAGGAGAAAAGUCAUUGCGUGAGUAUUCACAACUCAUACGCGGGCUGGAUAAAGGAUGCGGCGGCAUCCAUGAAGCAGCGAAUUACUGAUGGAUACAAAGAGGCUGUGUCCAGGUACAGCCAACAAACUGUUACGGAGAAAAUGAAGAUGCUGAUCGGAAAGACGAGGCAAACGGCUCUCCGCGACACAUUCGAAACUAUCAGUUCGUCCCCGGAAUGUUUCGUCACGCUGCGACGUAAUUUCAUCACGAGUUACGCGACCAUGUGCGCGGCGCAUUGGCUCGCAGAGAUUGGCGAUCGUCAUCUGCAGAAUACUUUGGUGCACGUCACAACUGGACGUUGCCUGGGCAUCGAUUUCGGCCACGCUUUCGGCAUCGGCGUACGCGCCGUGAUACCGGAACUUGUGCCAUUCCGUCUGACACCGCAAAUUCUCGAGUUGCUGCAACCCUUCACGGAACGGGAUCUGCUGGCGACGAUCAUGACCUAUACGAUGCAGGCUCUGCGCAACGAUCGCGACCCGAUUCUUGCUUGCAUGGACAUUUUCGUCCAUAAGCCUGUUCGGAAGUCGUCGAGUGUCAACGAAGACGAGAUAACGAGCAAUUACAACCAAGAUAUUGAUGCAGAUUUAACAUGGUCAUCCAAGAAGAAUAUUGAUAUAGUCGCGAAGAAGUUAAACGGAAUCCAUCCGUCAAUCAUCACGUUAGAGCAAUUGAAAGAAGCGCAUAACGAUGAAUAUUUUGCAAGAUAUCACGCUAUUGUUACAGGCAAUGAUGAGCUCAAACAAGCACGGGCAGAUAUAAGGAGUGAUCAUUUGACACCUGCGGAACAGGUGGACUGUUUAUUAGAUCAAGCGAAAGACUUGAAUAUCUUGGGGCGCAUGUUUGAAAAUUGGCAAUCUUGGCUGUAAUUCUGUAUGCUAUUCAUAGAAUAUAUGAAUCUUAUGUAUAAGGUACCAAUGAUUUAAAAAAAGGUACAGAAAUCGUCUAUCCACAGAAAGUUUAAAACAUUUUAUACAAUUUUUAAGUUCUUUUAGAUGAGAAAUUACCUCAACUUUUCUAUUUAAAAUAAAAUCGAUAAUUAUAAUGAAGAUAUAAUAUACAUAUGAAAGAUGCUGUUUAUAAUUCUGUUUAUUAACAUAAAUAUUUUCUGUAUUAUAAAUAUAGUUUAUAUAUGUCAUGUAUAUUAAUAGACUUAGCAAACAACUAUUCAUGACUGUACAGGAUAUGUUUGACAAGUUAGAAUUAUGCGAAAAACUGUUAUAAUAAUGUUAAAAUUUCAGACGCAUUUACACAUUUCUCAUAUUAAAAGUCAAUAUACAUUUUUACUUUUGCCAGUUCAUUAUGUAUGUGUGUGUAUGCAAUCGUGAAAUAUUUUUUUAUAUCUCUUGAAGAUGGGCAAAGUUUAUUAGACUUCGCAAAUGUUAGAUAUACUCAAUAAAUUGUUAGAAAUUACUUAUAAUUUAGGUAUAUCACUUAAAAAAUAUAUAUAACACUUGGGCCCAGUUUUUCAUUAUCUAAUUAACUUAUGGUUAAACUUAACUUGAAGUUCUAGCCAAUAAGCUUCACCUAUAGCAUCAUCAUGGAUAAAGCCCAUUGGGUAAAACAUCAGGUAAAAUUUAACCAUCAGUUAAUCAGAUAAUGAAAAAACAGAGCCUUGGAGAAAAAAAUUUGAAUAUUUAUUUUGAAUUGUUGAGAUUUCGUUAUUUUGCAAAGUUAUCUAAUUUGCAUUUUUAAGCAAUUACAAUUGAUCUAUGAUAGAUAUAUAAAAAAUGUCUGUAAAAAAAUCAUAAAUUGAAACGUCACUUAUGCAAACUGCUACUUUACUAUUCUGAAAAUAUUCCAAGCUGUGUUUAAGUUUCUGAUAUUGAAUUCAUAUACAUACGUAUAUAUAUGAAUAAUAAUACAGUAUUAUUGUUUACUAAACUUUUAAAAAUAUAAUUUUGUACAACCACAACGAGAUUUGAAUUAUUAAUACUGUUUAGUCAGCUAUUUCUAAUCUAUUUGCAACAGUAAAUGCAGUCGCUAGUGUAUCGAAAUUAAACUAAAAGCUUAUGUAAUAUGAAUAAAAAAAAUAAUUUUAAAUAUAAAA